UAUCCAUUUAACCAAAGCUUGAGAAAUCAUUAUCAAACCCUUCAAGAAAAGACAAUACUUUCUAAACAUAUUCCCACCCCACACCCAAAAAACCAAUAAAACAAAAGGAAUAUAAAGGAAGGAAAAAACCAAACCAUUCCCCAAUUCCUCUAAUAUAUACACCUCAAGAACAAAGCCCCCCUCCAUUUUAUUCUUUCUUUACCCUUUUGAAUACAAAAGAAGAAGAAAACCUCAAAGAGAUUCAAAUGGGAAAAACAAACAGCAUCAUCAGAAGAUCAAUCUUCUGUUUCUUGCAGAAAUAUCAGUACUUUACUUCUGUCUCAGCAUUGUAUGCAUUCCCUUUCUCUGUUGCUCUUCUUCUUUCUCAAACUUUUGUUUUUACUUCUUCGAUUUCUCUUCUUGAUAACAUAUAUUAUCAUAUGAAGAUUGUUUUUGAUGCUGCUGCUUUCCCUUCUUCAUUGGAAUUCUUCAUUCAAAAGCUUUCACAAACAAUCUUUUCUUCCAUUUUCACCAUUCCUUUCACUCUCACUUUCCUUCUUAUUGCUAAAGCUUCUGUGAUUCAAGCUUUAAAAGAGACCAAAUCAACAUCCCAACCUUCUUUUUCUUCUAUCAAGUCCCUUUACAGUCCAAUUUUUUUAACCAACAUUUGUAAUUCAAUCUUCAUACUCUCAGCAAAUGCAACAGUUUUUUCCAUUCUGUUCUUUGCUUUUGCUUGUCUUCAAGAAUUUGGCUUUUCUUCUUCUACCCACUUUCUUUACCUCUCGGCAGCAGGAGCUGUUCUGUAUUCAAUAGUUUUAGCAAACACUUUGGUUAUCAGCAAUUUAUCAUUGGUUUUAUCGGGUAUGGAGAAGCUUGGAGGUUAUUUAGCAAUACUCAAAGCUUGUGUUGUAAUUAGAGGGAAAACUUCCACAGCACUACUUUUGGCUUUGCCAACAAAUUUAGCCAUGGCUGCAAUUGAAGCUUUGUUUCAAUAUCGUGUAGUGAGAGCUUAUAAUGGUGUUGGAAUCCUUAGUCUUUCCAUGUUGUUUGAAGGGGUUAUCAUUGCUUAUCUGUACUCAGUUUUCAUCGUACUCGACACGACGGUUUGUUGUAUGUUCUUCAUGAACUGCAAGAAGGUUUUUUGGGUGGAUCUGGAAGGAAGACAAGCUCUUCAAAUAGAAUCUGCUGAAGAACACAAUGGUGAUUACAUGGAUUCAAAAGUUGAACAAAAUUUACAUUCAACAAGUUGAGGAUAAUCCAUCCAACAGAAAAAAAAGUACAUAGAAUUCAGUUAAAGAAUAAGAACACAUGGAAAUCAUUCAACAAGAAACCACCUUUUUUUCCUCUCUUUUCUUCAAAUACAGACAAGAAUCCAGAGAAGAUACAGAGAUUCAUGAACAGAAACCAUGUGAAAAUUUGUAACUGUUCCUUGAGUCUCUCUGUUCUUGCCAUUUGUGCUUUUCUUUAUUUAUUUUAGCUUGGUGUUCGUAUUGUAGAUAGCCGAUAGUUACAUCGUGAAAGAAUAUACAGACUCAAGCUUGAAUUGUUAUAGUUUAGAUGGCUUGGAAAGCUUGGUUCAAAUCUUGAAAUAAAUGUGUUGAACAUCUAUGAUUCUUGAUUCUAAUACAAAUGUUUGCGAUUUCCCACUUGA